CCGUCAGCCUCCAACGUCUCUUGACAGCGCCCCCAUGUGGGCGGAGUAAAUCCGUUGUUUCCUGUUUGUGCAAAAUGUCAUUUGUUUUUACAGAUACAAACCUUCGGAUUUAAACUAUUGUGUGCACGUAAAACCUCAGCGGAAACGUUUGUCACAACAACGCCACCAGGACGGGGUAAAGUGGUCGAAAAGUCUGAGACGACAUCAAAAUGUCGGCGGGCUCGGGGCACACGAACACGGAACCAUGGGGAAGCUUCGACGACAACCUCGUCCAGGGCGGAGGCUCGGCAGUCAUCGACAUGGAGAACAUGGACGACACGUCGGGCUCCAGCUUUGAGGACAUGGGCGAGAUGCAUCAGAGGAUGAAGGAAGAGGAGGAAGUGACGGAGGAGGCGGCAGACGCAGACGACGAAAACGCAGAGUUCUUGGGCAUGAAGGGUUUGAAAGGCCAGCUGGGCCGACAGGUGGCGGACGAGGUGUGGCAGGCAGGGAAGCGCCAGGCGUCCCGAGCUUUUAACCUGUACGCCAACAUCGACAUCCUCAGACCGUACUUUGACGUGGAGCCCGUCCAGGUGCGCAGCAGGUUAAUCGAGUCACUGAUCCCCGUCCGGAUGGUGGACUUCCCUCAGAAGAUUGCAGGCGAGCUGUACGGACCGCUCAUGCUGGUCUUCACACUGGUUGCCAUCUUGUUGCAAGGGAUGAAGACGUCUGGGACCGUCAUUAGAGAGGGCACUCUGAUGGGGACGGCCAUCGGAACCUGUUUUGGCUACUGGGUCGGGGUUUCGUCCUUCGUCUACUUCCUGGCGUACGUGGUCAACGCGCAGAUCACCAUGUUGCAGACGCUGUCGCUGCUGGGCUACGGCUUGUUUGGCCACUGCGUGGUCCUCCUGGUGAGCUACAACGUGCACUUCCACUUCCUCUUCUACGCCCUCUGGCUGCUGCUGGGAGGACUGUCCACCUUGCGCAUGGUGGCGGCCCUGCUGUCUCGUACGGUCGGUCGAAGUCCUCGCCUCCUCUUGUGCGGGACGGUGUCGCUCCUCCACAUGCUCUUCCUGCUCUACCUUCACUUCGCCUACCACAAAGUUGUCGAAGUGAUUCUGGACUCCCUCGAAGGACCCCUUAUGCCCGCCAUGGCAAGGGUGGCCAGGGACGUGCCCCAAGCGAGGCUCAACGCCACUGUGAUCGACGUGGCGGCGGCAGCGCUUAACAUUUAAGCCCCGCGCAACCAUCUUCCUAUUUCUGUUUCAAACUUUUGUUGUGGUGACGCCAAAAGUUGCAACGUCUGUUGCUGGUUUUCCUUUUAUUGUCUGUUCAUGUGUACUAAAACGUUGAUGAUGCAA